AAUUAAUUUGCUCAAGUCUCCAUCACUAGUAAGUAGAGUCUGGAUUCUGAGCGAGGACUUGACUCUGACCCAGAAAUCUGACUUGAUCGAGAACCCAGGCUCUUCAGGCUUAUGCUUCAGUGACUCUCUCCUAAUGGUUUUUCUUUUGGAUUAAAUAAUUUUCUCAAUAUUUUGCAAGUGCCCUUUGUAUUUUAGUUGCAGGGCGCAGAGUAGGAAAGGGUAGAUCUGCGCCGAGGGGCAGAAGUGGCAUCAGAGACAACCUGCCUGCCUGUCAACUGCCCAUAAGGCUGUGUGUGAGCCAAGGCGGUGCAGUCAGAGGUGAUGCAGGAGACCAACCGGGUGCAGAACAGAGGCCUGCAAAGAUGAGUGGACUUCGACCCCCUUAGAGAGAAAGCAAGAGUGACUCACAGGAGGAAGAUGAAACCAAAGCUUCCAGGCUGUCCCUGGUAGGCUCAGACAGUCCAAAGGCAGCAGAGGGAAGGAGAGAAAAUCCUGAGAUGGAGAGCUGGCCAAGAGCUUCCUGAAGACCAUGCAAAUGAGGCACGCCCACAGCUGCCUGGAAACCAGGCCGGGAGAAGUCAGAGCCCAGAGCACAUGCUGCAGGGCCGUGCUAGGCAAAGGAGCUGGAGGAGGUGGAGGAGGCACCAAGGGAGCAGGACAUCUCCUGCCAGACCUCCCAGUGUCUGGUCUGAGGAUGGCGGAGAAGCAGAGCCGGGAGCCAGAGUGCCCUGUGUGCUGGAACCCCUUCAACAACACGUUCCACACCCCCAAAGUGCUGGACUGCUGCCACUCCUUCUGCGUGGAAUGCCUGGCCCACCUCAGCCUGGUGACUCCGGCCCGGCGCCGGCUGCUGUGUCCGCUCUGUCGCCAGCCCACUGUGCUGGCCUCCGGACAGCCUGUCACUGACCUGCCCACGGACACUGCCGUGCUCACCCUGCUCCGCCUGGAGCCCCACCACGUCAUCUUGGAAGGCCGCCAGCUCUGUCUCAAAGAUGAGCCCAAGAGCUGCUACUUCCUGCGCCAGCCCCGGGCCUACACGCUGGAACUCGGCCCCGGGCCUGGGAGCCAGACUGGGCACCCCCGGGACGUGGCCCCUACCACCAUCCCCAGCCCCAUCCCCAGCUCCAACCACGACUCUCUGAGGGGGUGUUUCCGCAACCCGCAGUUCCGGAUCUUUGCCUACCUGCUGGCUGUCAUCCUCAGCGUCACUCUGUUGCUCAUCUUCUCCAUCUUUUGGACCAAGCAGUUUUUUGGGGGUGUGGGGUGAGCAUCUGUUCCAGACAAAGAACCACGCCUUUCUUGGUUGCUGCUGGGUAUGAGGACUGCAGAGCCUCAUUUGGGGUCGUCUUCCUUUGUAGUAUUGUUCUUUUUUACAUUCCAGGGAUCGGCUAGGCUGUGCAUCUGCUUCUGGGAACGGAGACAGUCCUACUAUAAUGAGAACCUCUGAAAGCUAAUGGGAAAAGAUACGAAGAGAGCUCUGGGUGUGAACCACGAGUCAUGGAAGGGCCGAGAAGCAGAUCUGUGAUGCCAGGGCUACGUAGCAUGUUGUACCAAAGGGCUGGGCGAUGGCAUCCAGGAACCUGACCCACUCAGACAGCAAGCUGCAAUUCUUACUGGAGCUGCUUUGAACUCAGUUCACAUUUUUUGGAGUUGCUCUACUAUUUGUUGCUAAAAAAUUUGGAAAGUGAACUUCAAUGGUGAGCAAAUGUGUUUGUCUUCCCCUUUCAGUUUUCUCUUUGGAUGUUUUGCCACCAGUCCCAGUAAAAAUGGCCUGCAUUCAUUAAUUCAUUCACUCACUCAUUCAACAACCAGUUGGCUUGUCCUCUGUCAGAACUAGGGGGAGAGAAGGGUAGGAUGAACCAGGGCUGGCAGAGUCCUUACCAGCAAGGAGGGCACGUUCACUCAGCUGCUUCUUGUACAAGACGACCUCUUGUCAGUGCGUGGUUUAUGGAGUGUUAAGAGCAGAAAAGUUUAAAGGUGAAAGAAACCAGAGUCAGUGAUCAAAAGAAAUCCGGGAUUUGGAGGAAAAGAUUUUUAUUCCUCCUGGUAGGUAGUGGGGGAGCUCUGAUUCCCCUCCUCCAACCAUUGUAAUUCUGGCCUUGAGAGGUAAGGCAGGGAAUUCCCUGGUGGCCCAGUGGUUAGGACUCUGUGCUUCCACUGCAGGGGGCACGGGUUUGAUCUCUGGUCGGAGAACUAAGAUCCCACAUGCCGUGUCGCAUGGCCAAAAAAGAAAAAAAAAGACGUAAGGCAGAAACCCCGGAUAGAGUAAAAGCCUUAGUUCCCAUCCCAGG